CCGAAGAUGGCGGCUUGUAGACGUGUGCAGCUUCUUCUGCUGCUUAUGGCUUUCUGUGUUUCUGUAUAUUCGGAUAAAGGCCUGAAACCACCGAGUUCUCACGGUGAAGAUGCAGGAGAGAAUGGCAUUGCUGGUAAAAAUGCAGGAGGUGCGCUGGGGGAGGUAAAGGCUGGAGCAGCGGCCUCUCCGAUCCGCCGCAGCAACUCCGGCUGGAAGCUGGCAGAGGAAGAGGCCUGCAGAGAGGACGUGGGCAGACUGUGUCCCAAACAUGCCUGGAACAACAACCUCGCCGUGCUCGAGUGUCUGCAGGACAGAAAAGAGGAAACAGAGAUUGCAGACAGCUGUAACCAUCUGCUAUGGAACUACAAGUUGAAUCUGACAACAGAUCCAAAGUUCGAGUCUGUCGCUGUUGAAGUGUGCAAGAGCACCAUUAGUGAUAUUAAGGAGUGUGCAGCAGAAGAGCGGGGAAAGGGCUACCUGGUGUCUUGUUUGGUGGAUCACCGUAGCAACAUCACCGAAUACCAGUGCAAUCAGUAUAUCACAAAGAUGACCACCAUAAUCUACAGUGACUAUCGGCUCAUCUGUGGAUUUAUGGACAAAUGCAAGGAUGACAUCAACGCACUGCAUUGUGGGAGUAUUAAUACUGGCGAGAAGGAUAUACACUCUCAGGGAGAGGUGAUAGCCUGCCUGGAGAAAGCACUGGUGAGUGAGGUGGAGGAACAAAUAGGACAUUAUGCAGUUAAAGAAGACUGUAAGAAGUCCAUCAUGCGUGUAGCUGAGCUCUCUUCAGAUGACUUUCACCUGGAUAGACAUCUCUACUUUGCAUGUCGGGAUGACCGUGAGCGCUUCUGUGAAAAUACUCCAGCUGGAGAGGGCAGGGUUUACAAAUGUCUCUUCCACCACAAAUUUGAAGACUCUAUGUCUGGAAAGUGUAGGGAGGCUCUUUCUACCAGGCAGAAGCUAAUAGCACAAGACUAUAAGGUGAGCUACUCACUGGCCAAAGCCUGCAAACAAGACCUGAGGAAAUAUCGUUGCAAUGUGGACACCACCCUGCCCCGAGGUAGAGAGGCCAAGCUUUCCUAUCUGCUGCUGUGCCUUGAGUCAGCCGUCCACCGAGGACGUACUGUGAGUGGUGAGUGUCAGGGGGAAAUGUUGGACUACAGACGCAUGCUGAUGGAGGAUUAUUCACUGAGUCCUGAAAUUGUGUUGCACUGCCGCGGGGAAAUUGACACGCAUUGCUCUGGUCUGCACCACAAGGGCCGAACCCUCCACUGUCUCAUGAGAGUUUCCCGGGAGAAGGGCGUGUCGGACAACCUCUGUCAGAAAGCUCUCCAAACGUUGAUUCAAGAGACUGAUCCUGGAGCAGAUUAUCGGAUUGACCGAGCUCUUAAUGAAGCCUGUGAAUCAGUCAUUCAGACUGCAUGCAAACACAUUCGUAAUGGAGACCCAAUGAUCCUCUCUUGUUUAAUGGAACAUCUUUACACUGAUAAGAUGGUGGAAGACUGUGAGCACAGGCUGCUGGAACUGCAGUACUUUAUCUCCAGAGACUGGAAGCUGGACCCAAUCCUCUAUAAGAAGUGUCAGAAUGAUGCUUCCCGAAUUUGCCACACUCAUGGGUGGAAUGAGACCAGUGAGUUUAUGCCACCCGGAGCAGUUUUCUCCUGUCUGUACCGCCACGCUUACCGCACUGAGGAACAGGGGAGACGGGAUUCCUCUGAUGAAGAGAUUAAUGAGACUUUAUCUCGUGACUGUAAGACUGAAGUGCAGCGUAUUCUCCACCAAAGAGCACUAGAUGUGAAGCUGGACCCUGACCUGCAAAGGCGGUGUAUGACUGACCUGGGAAAGUGGUGUAGUGAGAAAACCGACUCUGGACAGGAGUUGGAGUGUCUGCAGGAUCAUUUGGAGGAUUUGGGUUCAGACUGUAGAGAUGUAGUGGGUAACCUCACAGAGCUGGAGUCUGAGGAUAUUCAGAUUGAAGCCCUUUUAAUCCGAGCUUGUGAACCAGUCAUCCAGUCCCAUUGCCAUGAGGUGGCAGAUAAUCAGAUUGAUACCGGAGAUCUAAUGGAAUGUCUUGUGCUCAACAAACACCAGAAGGAAAUGAAUGAAAAAUGUGCUGUGGGGGUCACUCACUUCCAACUGAUCCAAAUGAAAGACUUCCGAUUCUCCUACAAGUUCAAGAUGGCCUGCAAAGAGGAUGUUCUAAAGCUUUGCCCAAACAUCAAGAAGAAGGUGGAUGUGGUGAUCUGUCUGAGCACCAUGGUCAGGAAUGAUACCCUGCAGGAGGUGAAGGACCAGCGUGUUUCCACGAAGUGCCGUAGACAGCUCAGAGUGGAAGAACUGGAGAUGUCGGAGGAUGUCCGCCUGGACCCAGAUCUGUAUGACAACUGUAAACAAGACAUUAAGGAUCACUGUCAGAACGUGGUGUAUGGCAAUGCUCAGGUGAUUGAGUGCCUGAAGGACAAUAAAAACCACCUUACCCAGCGUUGUCACCAGAAGAUCUUUAAACUACAGGAGACUGAGAUGAUUGACCCUGAACUUGAUUUUCAGCUUAUGAGAGUUUGUAAGCAAAUGAUCAGGCGAUUCUGUGCUGAAGCUGAUGCCAAAAGCAUGCUACAGUGCUUGAAACAAAACAAGAACAGUGAACUUAUGGACCCAAAAUGCAAACAGAUGAUCACCAAGAGACAGAUUACCCAGAAUACAGAUUACCGCCUAAACCCUGUCCUGAGGAAGGCCUGUAAGGCUGACAUCCCUAAGUUCUGCCAGAACAUCAUUAAUAAAGCAAAAGAUGAUGUGGAGUUAGAGGGCCAGGUCAUCUCAUGCCUGAAACUUAAAUAUGCUGAUCAGCGUCUUUCUUCCGACUGCGAGGGCCAGAUCAUGGUGAUUUUACAGGAAUCUGCCUUAGACUACAGGCUGGACCCUCAGCUCCAGAAGCAGUGCAUGGACGAAAUCCCUCGGCUGUGUGCGGAGGAGGUAGCGGCUCAGGAACAGACGGGUCAGGUGGAGGAAUGUCUUAAAGUGAAUCUGCUCAAGAUCAAACACGAAGGCUGCAAAAAGGAGGUACUGAACAUACUUAAGGAGAGUAAGGCGGAUAUCUUUGUGGAUCCAGUGUUACACACAGCAUGUGCACUAGAUCUUAAACAUCAGUGUGCUGCUAUCCCGCCCGGCAAAGGAAGACAGAUGUCCUGUCUGAUGGAGGCACUUCAGGACAAACGAUUAAGACUCCAGCCAGAGUGUAAAAAGAGACUGCAGGACCGCAUAGACAUGUGGAGCUAUGCUGCCAAGGUGGCACCGGCAGAGGGCUUUUCAGACUUGGCUGGUCAGGUCCUGUUGUCUCCUGCUAAGAACUACAUUUUAAGCAUGCUGGCUAUGUCUGUGGUGUUGCUUUUUUUUAUGGGACUGUUGUGCGGCUGCCUAACCAAGCGUGUCACUCAGGAGCUGAAGGACAGGUAGAAGGUUUCCAGAGGCAGGAGACGACGGAGACCCCAGUGCCCUUUCCUCCUCCAACUUUAUUUCACCUGAGGGGGAGAAGUCAGUUAUGCUCCUCUCUGUCCCUGACUCACCCCAGGAUGUGGCCAUGCGCAGUGAGGAAGACCAAGUGAGACUCAAACUGUGCUUUUUUUCUGAUACUGGCAGCACCAUGUUGGGACCUGAUUUUAACUUCUUCACACUGUCAACAUUUUCUGACUGCUUCCCUCCUGAGUUGUCUGCUUCUCUCUGACUGGACCUACCUGCUGUAGACCUUUUGGACUGUGUGUGUGCGUGCCAGAAAAUCAAGACGUUUUAUGUCAUCUUUUAGCUCUCUUCAUGUUGCUGGGACUCCUGUUGCAUUUCUCUUCUUCAUAUGCAGUUCAUGUAUUUAUUGUGAAUGCUGUUCCUCUAUUGGCUGUUGUGGUAGGAGUUUACUUGUGUGCUUGGACUUUGUUGAGCUCGUGUGUUACUUUCUGGUCUGCCGAAGUGAUGAGAUGGAGACAGCAGGUUCUUGCUACUAAAAAUCUUGGUGUGGUUUUGGGUGGUCACCAAAACACCUUAGUUGCAAGUGGUGACUAGUAAGUAUAUUUGUGGUAUUGGGGUUUCAUGUGUGCUUGGGUUGCACAGUUAUAAUACUUUAUUUUAACUGAUUGUAAUUUGACUAUUAUUUGGCAUAAAUGUAUGUUUUUUUUAUGUGGUCAGAUGUGUGAUUUGUUUGGUCAUUCUAAAUGAAAGCAAACAAUAUAAUAAUUUAUACUGCUAAAUACCAGUAACAAAUUAAAGAUGCUUGAUAUAGUUGGGGUACUACUUAAUGCAUUAAUAAGGCCAUUUGUGAUUGCCUAAUUACCGAGGUGAAAAUCAUGGUGUAACUGUGCAGUGUCAAAUGCUUACCUAAUUCUGUUUAUGGGCCUACUUGGUUUCAGUGUAAUUUAAGUUUAGUAAGGUUUUUAUUAAAAAAAUGGAAUGGACUAAUUAAAGGAAUUAUUUUUUUAUUAAUCCAACCAUUUUCUGCAACAGUACUGGAAGGAUAGAAAACCAAAGGUCAAUUUCAUCGAUUGUGUUUUUAUGCUAAUAGUGGUGAGCACUCUCUAUACAUCACUUCCCCCCCCCCCAGUAGGUGUUUAACUGGGUAAAGAUCUGGUUACUGCAAAGGCCAUAGACCCCUCCUAGAUGAAAAAAAAGUUCCAUCAUAACAGAUUGUGUACAUUUGGUUUGCAGUUACACUUUCUUCUAAGAUGCCUCACAGCUCAGUGUCCCCACUGCAUUCCAGAACCAAAAAAUCAAAUCACUAUGUGGUCAAGCAUACAGGCCUGGACCAUUCUCUUGGAAGAUGCCACAUGUGCUAUAUGGCCAAAUGCUUUUGCUUGCUGGAUAUUCCAUUUCAAAAACAAAUGGAAUUGAAAUAGAGUAAUAUCAAUGUGAUCUUUUCAGUUUUAUCAGCCACUUUUCUGAGAAGGCUUCUCACAAGAAGUAUGUCUUUAUAUACCAUGCUUUGUGCACAGGGGCUAAGUCAUGUGAGAACAGGAAAGGGCCUUCCUAAAACUGUUGCUGCAAAGUUGGAAGCUUAUAAUUUUCUCUAUGUAAUUGAUUUAUGGGCACUUAGGUGGUGCAGUGGUUAAAACAUGCUAUGGAUUUGGAGAUAUGACUAGAUUGGGAGAAAAAUGAAGAAAAAUUGGUUUAUUCCACCGGUUAGCAAUUGAAUUCAGUAAUUAGAAGGGUUGUCCCAAUACAUUUGUUUAUAGUGUAUGUCUUUGCUUACUUGGCAAAUAUAGGGUAACGAAUGACUCAUCUGACCUUGUAAUCCUGUUCUACAUUGCUGUAGACUAGCUUUUCCUUUAAUUUGUCAGCUUCCUGUCUGUCUGUUUUUAAUGCUUUGGGUUGUUAAUGAAGACUUCUGAUGUAACACUCAUCAGUUUCGUAGAUUUCCUGUAUACUGAGAGAACUGAAAAAAAUCUCCUGAUGUCUGAGCCAUAAGAACUCAGGAUCUAGGAAUCCUAGGUGCAAGCUUUCAAACCUUUAAGUGGUAUAUAAUUAUGUGGAUAAGGGUUAGAUUAUCUGAGGUUAAAACAUUUGUUCUGAGAUGUUUUAUAAUGUUCUAGAAUAUAUAGUAGCAUGGCCUUGGAGUGCAUGUCAGGGAGCUCAGGAGCUCAGGCAGAAAACAUGUUGAUGCAUAUGUAACUCAAAAGGCUCUGCCCAUAGCACUGCAGGAGCACCAGUAUGAUUUAAGGAUGUAGAUUCUUUGUGUUUUGCAUUUCUUGUUGGCUUACCUUCCUAGAUGUUUACCACCAUUUGUGGUGUGCUGCUUGGUGACUGAAAUUUUACUAGUGCCAUUAUUAAACUGUGCUAAUAGCAUUAUGUUCAGCUCCCAAAGCCUCCCUGCAAAGCACAUUGUUUUUCUAAUGUAUAGUUUGAAUGCUCAUAUGGGUUGUGUGCUUGUCUUUACAACUUUGUUCAGUUGUGGCCUUAAUUUAUUUUUUAUUUUAUUUUUUAUUAACAUUAAAGUGUUUUCUGAAUGCCUUGUUCUUUGGUAUGUCCUAAAUCUAGUGUUUUGUCAUCAAAGUUAACAAAAAGGAAAAAAAAACAUACCGUUCCUUCAAACUGGGCAGAGUGCAUUUGUGAAAUUUCAGUGCGAGGGGGAAAUUAAAAUGCAUCAGAAAAGAUUUUAUUCAUACAGGACUAUAAAUGAAGAUGGUUUAUAAGUAAAAGCCCACCGGCUGGUUUGGUUUUAGACCAUCACAGAGAAUUACUCUGAACACAAAUGUACAGCCCUAAUGUACUUCAUUCUCAUGAAGGCUCUGUUCAUCUAUCACCAGUCUCACUAUAUUUGCCUGGUGUGACUGUCAGCAUAUCAAAACUUCAAUCGCAUGUUGGUUAUUCAGCUAAAUCCGAAACACUUAUAGAAAGGUGUUUUUGAUCCCUAGCUGUAAAUACCGACCCAUUAUGCUCCUCUGAGUGUGGGUGAGAAUGUAACUGCUGUCUGAGAAGAGCCUCGGUAUAGUCUUCAUUCAUUCCGGUUGUAUUUGCUCUGUCAGACAUGUACGUAUUUGUACAAAUCAAAGUGGAUGGUUUAGUUUUUGUUCAUGCUGUGCUUGGUUAAGCUGAGGAUCAUGUUGCUAUGCUAUGGGGAGAGAAACAUACUGUUUAUAUACUGUAUAUAGCUCAGUUCUUCUGUUUUUUUUUAAUCUUGUAGAUAAAAGAACCUUGGACAGUUAAUAGAUUAAAUUCACAGAAAAGCAGAUGGACUGCACCCACCUUUACUGAUCAUGCAUUGAGGCCAAUUAUUAAGCCCGGUGGUGAAUUUUGCUAAUUAAUCUAGUCCCUAAAUUCUACUUGGUCCACUAAAAUAGUUCAGUUUUUUUCUGUCAGUAUUAUGUGAUUGUAGCAAUAGUUUCAUGCCUACAGUUACCUUAACUUUAGGGUUGGCAGCACAUCCAGCACUGUCCAGCUCCAAGUGUAGUCUGUCUAUGAAGACAAAUGAAGUCUGUCUAGUGCUAGAUCCCUCCUUUCAGACAGAAACUAUGUGAAGUCAUUCUACAGGUACUCACUGCUGUAUGUGAUGUCUCUCCCAUUUGAGAAGAGACAUUAGAUAUAAAACUGCUAAAUAGGAAUAAUGCAUUUUGUUUUGUACCAAUAUGCCCCUCCUCUCUUAAGAAAUGUACAAAUUUACUAAAGGUAUUUGACAUUGAAUCUAAAUAAGCCAUGUAUUAUAGACAUAUAAAAUUGCCUUUUGUCUUUAUUGGUUGUUUUUGUUAUGUACAAAGUGAUUUGGAGAAUUGUUAAUAAAAUCAAUUUCAUGGUU